AUGACCGGAUGCAAUCAAGGGGGACAAAAGGGAACUAGCAGAGUGAGAGAGGGAGAAAGGGUUCAAGCAGAAAAUAACGCUACGUACGGCGGACAUUUCCAUGUAGGGAGCGGCAACAAUAAACUGGAGUCCGACUCAUUCUUCAUAAGUGUUCAGGAAGGACAUAAGACCAAUCUACAGAUUGUUGUUUUUGUCACCGAGGAGUGUAUACCACUUGGAGAGAGAAUUGUCGGCAUAUCGCAAGGCAACCCCAUUGAAGACAGCGUAUCCUUCUUCAACAUUCAGAUGGGAAUCAAAGAUCCUUCUGUAUUUGAUGUUCCAAAAGUCUGCGACGACACCACAUUGGAACUCGUCUCCAUUAGCAACCAGCUCAAACAAUACAGAAUUUUCGGUUUCUAGGAAACAAGUAGUAUGGUCACGUGACAUAAGACAAAAGAGCAAACUAUUUUAAAAAGAAAACAAGCAUUGACGGUUAUUCCAAUAUAUAUAAUGUAUAAUAGAUAUGUUUAUAUGUAUAAUGUCCAAUGUGCUCAGACACGUUACUUAUACUCACAAAUGAUGUCAUAGUUAAAUCUCCUGUUACUUAUACUCACAUAUGAUGUCAUAG